AUGUCUUAUAUUAACUAUAAGACAAUGUAUUUUCCACAUAUUUUGUUAUUUUUAACUGUUUGCGGACUGGCAUUGGCUGAAUUUGAAGAAAAUGUACACAUUGACGAUAGUAAAUUUGGACCAUUGGAACAACCAGAUACGCCAAAAAAUUUUACAAUUCCACCGCAAGUAACAGAUUUUACAGAUAUUCUAACAAUAAGUAAUGCCAUAAAAAGCUUUCAGAAAAAAAUGGAAGAAGAACAUAAUUACUUGCCUACUAUGCAAGCAUAUUUAACUACAAGCACUGCUAGCAAUGGUGGAAAAGAAUUUAAAUUAAGUACAUUUUUAUCGUCAGUUAUAUAUGCUGAAAUUAGCACGGACAAUACAAAUACCAGUCAACCAUCCAUUAAUGAACCAUUAGCUAAUGUUACAGCUAAUAAUUCAAGAAUUGUAAAUUGUACCACGCUUCUACAUUUAAAUCAAACAGAAUUUUCAGUUGAGGUUGUUAAUUCAUCACGACUUGGAUAUGUCUUAAAAUAUGAUCCAGAAGUAACUAAUCGCCGAGAAUCUGGUGUUUGUUCAUUAGUGUUGUUUUAUGCUAGAUCAUGUCAGUUCAGCACUUUAGCUGCACCUCACUUCAAUGUACUUCCAAGAAUAUUUCCUCAAUUAAAAAUGGUAGCAUUUAAUGCUAUAUCUGAACAAAGAUUUAAUACCAUGUAUGGUAUAACUGGAGUCCCAUCAUUAGUUCUGUUUCAUAAUGGAAAACCCAUUGCCAAAUACAAUGGUUCUGAUUAUUCACUUUAUGAAUUUACUAAGUUUGUUAUUAGACAUACAGAUCUCACUCCAAAUGAAAAGGUGGAAAUUUCUAUGACAGAUUUUGUAAAGCCUGUUCCUGGAUUUGGGAAUCGUGAUUAUGAUUAUUCUCUUUGGUUAGCAUGGUUUGUAAUUAUAUUCUGGACACUAGUUUAUGUUAGGACUAUGCAUUUCUGGAGAAAAUUUGUUGAAGACAUAAAGAACAUUUGGCGUGAAGCUGAAGCACAGCAUGAACAUGCAGAUUAA